AUGGGAUUGUUGUCGUUGGGCACACCGCUGCCAUGGGAGGAGUCGAGGAACUACAGUGAGCACAUACGGAACGAGGGUGUUGAGCAGUUGCUGUAUGUGUUCAAGAGUGCUGGCGGGCGUGAUGGGGACCCGCUGUUGUGGGGCGAUGAGGUUGAGUACAUGAUGGUUGAGCUGGAGGCGGGCAAGCAGGUCGCCACGCUGGACGUUGUGCACGACCGGAUACUGGACGAGCUGAACGAGCGGGACCUGGAGCUGUGCAACGUGAACGAUGUGAAGUUCCACCCGGAGUACGGGCGGUUCAUGCUGGAGGCGACGCCGAAGAGCGCGUACCCGGGCUACGUGGCGGAGUACGUGGAGUACAACAUGCAGCAGCGGCGGCUGGUCGCGGAGUACAAGCUCGCGCAGUACGCGGAGGAGGAGCACCUGAAGGGUAAGCGGCUCGUGCCCUUGACGCUGACGGUGUUCCCGCGCAUGGGCUGUCCCGAUUUUCUGAACAUCCCGAACGCUUGGGACCACAAGAACACUGCGUCGCGGUCGCUUUUCCUGCCGGACGAAGUGAUCAACAGGCACGCGCGGUUCCCGAACUUGACCUCCAGCAUACGCACCAGGAGGGGUGAGAAAGUGUGCAUCAACAUCCCCAUUCUGAAGGACAGGAACACGCCGGAGCUGGACGACUCGAUCAAGCCCAGGGACUGGUUUGUCCCCGAGGACAAGGAGUCCCGCCUGGCGUCCAAGCCCGGCCACAUAUACCUGGACGCCAUGGGGUUCGGGAUGGGCUGCUCGUGCUUGCAGAUGACGUACCAAGCACCAAACAUAGAGAAGGCGCGGUUCCUGUACGACACGCUGGUCAACUUUGCGCCAGUGUUCCUCGCGGUGUCCGCAGCCACCCCGGGGUUCAAAGGAUGGGUAGCCGACCAGGACGUGAGGUGGAACGUGAUAUCUGGCGCUGUCGACGACAGAACGCCGCAGGAACGCAGCGUGCCUCCUCUCUUGCCAGAAUACAACAUCGACGGGUUCGGUGGUAUUCUGAAGGAGAACCGGAAGAAAGUGCAGCAGAUUCCAAAAUCCAGGUAUAGCGUCGUGGACCUGUACUUGGGAGGGAACGAAAACAAGUCCUUCAACAGAAGAUACAACGAUACAGACGUUCCGGUCAAUGAAAAAGUGCUCAAACGACUCCUGGAGAACGAGAAAUACCCGCUGGACUACGAUCUUGCGAAACACUUCGCACACUUAUACAUCAGGGACCCGAUUUCCACUUUUGAAGAGUUGCUAGACCAGGAUAACUCUACCUCUACAAACCAUUUUGAAAACAUCCAGAGUACAAACUGGCAAACUUUGCGGUUCAAGCCUCCAACUCAGGAAGCCACACCAGACAACCACAACGUGCCAGGAUGGAGAGUCGAGUUCAGACCGCUAGACAUCCAGUUAUUGGACUUCGAAAAUGCAGCAUUCUCAAACAUGAUGUAUAUGAUUGUUGACUUCGUCUUGCAGAAUACAGACAAGAUUAAUCCAUACGUGCCUAUGUCCCAGGUAUGGGAAAACAUGAUAAGAGCACAUCAUAGGGAUGCUGCUAUCAAGGAGAAAUUCUACUGGAGAACAACUUUUGACUCAAAAGAGAAACUACAGUUCGGAGAUGAAAGCGAAGAACUAAGCUUGGAUGAAAUCUUCCACAACAAGAAUAAUGGUAUCUUCCCAGUAUUCAUCAACACUAUACUGAAACAAAGAAACUUUAUUCAGAAGGAAUGGCAAGAAAUGAAAGACCAACCUCAAAAUAGAAGAUUGUAUUACUACUUCAAGAUCAUCUCUGAUAGAGCUAGUGGCAGACUACCUACAGCAGCUAAAUUUUUAAAGAACUUCAUCUUAACGCACCCGGAUUAUAGACAUGACUCGAAGAUUAGCCAACAGAUAAACUACGACCUAAUCGAAAUGUGUGAUAGAAUAACACAUUUGGAUGACAGUAGAGGAGAGUUGAGCGCAUUUGUUGGAGAAGAAAUUGCAAAAUUCUUGCUGAAUAAUAAGCUUUCUACUGGGAACUAA